AUGAUAACUGGAACGAGAGGAAACAAAAAAAAUAUGCGCAACAUUGCAUUGCUAUUGUGUUGCUUGAUGGUUGCAUCCUGCGUCCAAUGUGUUGUCUCCAAUGCUUGGACUCAAAAGGGUUUGGACGAAUUUCACUCCAAUUUGGCAGCCUAUUCUACAAAGCACAAUCCAUGGCUUACUGGCAACUUUUCACAUAUUUUAGAAGAUGUCGUUAUUGAUUCUUUUAACGGAUUCAUGAUUGGUCAUUAUUAUGAUUCACCUCGUGCAGUUGAUGAACUAUUGGUAUUGAACAUGAAUUCUGGAAAUUAUGCAAAAUUUCAAAUGACAGGACCAGGAAUUGGUCUAUUAGUCAGUUCCAAAGUAGUUGAUUCUUUGGGAAAUGUUUACUUUUUGUCCAAGUCCAGAACUAUUUCUAUCAACAAGUUUAACUUCAAAAGCUUUACCUUACAACAACAAGAAAUUGCACUUCCACCUUUAUCAAAAUUCGAUUCACUCAUUCUUACUCCUCAAUUUAAUCGAUUGCUUGUUUCAGUAGAUAAGCAAUUCAUUUAUUCAAUUGAUACCAAUUCUUUGAACAUUGUAUGGAAAACUCCAAUUACAAUUUCUAGUAAUUUGGUAUUUAGACAAGACAAUGGUGUGGUUUACUUCUUGGCUAGAAAUACAUUUAUGGAACUCGAUGUUAGUAGUGGCAAAAUAUUCAAUUACUAUGAUUGGUCAAAUGAUUCAGUUGAGUAUGGCAAAAUGGCCUAUGCAGGAAAUGGAUGGUUUUCAAUCAUUUACAAUAACAAUUUGUUGUCCUUCUACUCGAUUAAAAACAACUACAUUGUUCAACCAAGUAGGUUGGCUGGAGAAUUCGAAAGUUGUCAUGGUUUAGGAUAUUCUACAUCAGAAAUUCAACUCACCUUCCUAUCAUACUGUUAUGAACAAGCAGAAAAUAGUCCACUUUCCAUUUACAAGUUGAAUGCAACCCAAAAGUUUCCUUCCAUCACCAAAGCCAUGCAACUUGCUAGCCCAAACUUCCAAACCAACCUUGCAGCACUCAAUGAUAAGAGAACUUUAAUUGCAAUUGGAUUGAAAGACGGAAUUCAAAUUGUAAAUGUUGAAAAUGGUCAAGUUGUAAAGCAAGUUCCAAGAGAAAGUGGAACUUCAGUUGAAAUUUAUGCAAGUGUGAAUGGAAUGUUGUAUCUUGUUGGAAUCAAUGGUCAGAGAAGAGUUACCAAUAUCCAAUCUAUUCCAAUUUAA